AUGGCGGCUCCGCGGCUCCCCUUCCUCUAUCCGAGCCUCAUGCGUGCCGUACGAUCAUGUCAGCCGAAAACAUACCGCUCUCUCCACUCUCCGCAUCUGCGCGCCUUCCACGCAACUCGCGGACGCCACCAACAGGCCUACCACCGGCGAUACGGCCCGGCCGUUGAACCGAAUAUCCCCCCACCCUCGAAGCCGAAGGAACAAUCUCCAGAACAAUCGGAGGAGGAGAUUGAGGCGGAGUCACCAGCAGAGGAGCAGCCCGAGCGGAGCACCUCGCCGUCAGAACAAUCCCAGUCGCAGACAGAAUCACAGUCCGAGUCCCCGUCGCUGGACUCGUCAAAGGAAGCACAUGAGGCUGUGGAGGCUUCCGAAGCCUCGGCCAUUAAUUUCACGGAGCAAAUUGCGGAAUCGAUCAAAACUCGGGCCUCGCUAGAACCGGAAAUCCAGGAUGAGGAUGCAGCGGAGGCCGAUAGCCCGGAAAACGCAUCCUCGACGUCCUCGUCGUCGGCGAAAGAUGUUGGGGAGGAGAUGUCGCAAAUGCCACCUUAUGCAAGUCAGAGUGCCUUUGAAGAAGUGUACCAUAUGCCCUCCCCGUCAACUCACCUCACUCCGGCCGGGCCAUCAACGUCAUCUGGCGAGAGGCCUCCACACCUCAGCCCCGCGCCCUAUGUACACCAUUUCGACACAUAUUCGCUGGUACUGGAUCUUCAUAAUAGCGGGUUCAGCAACGAACAGUCGGUCACGAUUAUGAAGGCUGUGCGGAGUAUUCUGCAGAACAACCUCGAUUAUGCGAAGCAGAGCUUGACCUCCAAGUCCGAUGAGGAAAAUGAGUCAUAUCUGUUCAAGGCGGCUUGCUCUGAACUCCAGCAAUCUCUGCAAACGGCCCGUAACUCUGAAAUUCAGAGACAGCGUGCGUCGAGGGGCCAAUUAGAGCACGAAAUCGACAUCUUGUCACAGCGCCUCAAUCAAGAGUUGACCGGAAUGAAAGAUGACAUCAAGGGGAUGUUCAAUGACCACAAAAUGUCUACACGUGAACAGCAACGAACCAUUGACACCUCGGUUCAAGAAUUGAAUUACAAGAUUACCGUUUCGUUGAACAGCGACGGUAAGAGCGAGGCCGAAGGCCUUAGGUGGAUCCUGACCCGGCGUGCUGCUUUAACCGUCGCCACCUGUGCUUUCAUGAUCAUCGUUUUCCUCAAAUAUGCCUCCACCCGUAAGGUGCCCGAGCCGAAAGUGAUCAAAGAGGUCGAAAAGCCCGUUCCUACCAAGGAAGUUACCAAAGAAACUCCGACCCGGGUCGUACAUGAGUCCGGACAUAAAAGCGAAACGCCGUACAUCGCUGAAGCGCACCUCGUCGAAUCCCUUGGCUGA